AUGCACCUGAAACAGCAACAUACAUCACAACAUCCCCAACAACAGCAAUAUCAUCAACAACAACAACAACAACAACAACAACAUGCCCCCUUCCCCAACACUCAUGUCCAGGGUUCUCAAAGUGCUCAAAGUGCUCCAAGUGUACAGGGUCCCCCACAGUCCCUACCCCCGAAUGUAGAUCUCGUGACGCAGCAGCAGGUGCAGCAAAUGAUGCAGGCGUUUUGGCAGCAAACCCAAAUGGAGAUGGAGACCGGGCCGUUGGACUUCAAGUAUCACCAACUGCCGCUGGCGAGGGUGAAGAAGGUGAUGAAGGCGGAUGAGGAUGCUAAGACCAUGAUGAUAAGCGCCGAAGCACCCAUGAUCUUCUCCAAGGCCUGCGAGAUCUUCAUCAUCGAGCUGACGAUGCGGGCGUGGAUCCACACCGAGGAGCACAAACGGCGCACGCUGCAGAAGAGCGAUGUCGCGACGGCGAUUGGGAAAUCGGAUCAGUAUGAUUAUAUUGUGCCGAGGGAGGAGAUGAAUAAGCCGGCUGCUGCGCCGACUAAGAUGGAGCAACCUCCGGCGGCGUAUGCGUACUAUCAGAAUCCUGUGCAGUACCUUUCGUCACUGAGUCCAGAACAACAGCAGCAAUUGCUCGCGUAUCAAAUGCGGGUGAACCAGCAGCCAGUCCCACACACGCAACACCUCCCCCAACCCCCACAAUCCCAACAACACCCGCCACCACACCCACAGCAACUCUCUCAACCAGACACCAACAGCAUCCGGCACCUCACAGACGAUUCCCCAUCUCAACCAUCAUCCAGUUCCCAACAACCUCGCGUGGCGCAAAUACAACAUCAACAUCAACAACAACAGCAACAACAGCCACAGCAAGCCGGACAACAGCAGGGCAUACCGCCGUAUUAUAUGCAGCAGUAUCAGCAGCAGCAGCAGCAGCAGCAGACGGGGAGUGCGCCGCCGGCGGGGAGUGAAACUGUGGUGGUGGAGGAGAGGAAGAUUACCCCGGAGGAGGUUGGAGGAGAGGGUGUGAGUAGGGAGACGUCGUGA